AUGGAUCAGAAGAUAGUACACAGAGAAGUUGAGAAACAAAGGAGACAAGAAAUGGCUACUCUUUACGCGUCUCUUCGCUCUCUUCUCCCUCUUGAGUUCAUCAAGGGGAAGCGUUCGACGUCAGAUCAGUUGAACGAGGCGGUUAAUUACAUAGAGUAUCUGCAGAGGAACAUCAAGCACAUGACUUCCAAGAGAGAUGACCUCAUGAGAUUGUCUGGGAGAAGCUUUGGCAGUAGUAAUGGAGAAGGUAGGAAUGAGAAUCCGAAUCAUGUUGUGAUUCGUCCGUGUUUGGUCGGCGUAGAAAUAGUGUUUAGCAUUCCCCAAACGCCAUUGUCAAGCGUUUUGCAAGUGCUUCGUGAAUACGGUCUGUGUGUUCUUGGUUGCAUCUCCUCCAAUGUGAAUGAUAGACUCAUUCACACUGUACAGGCUGAGGUCAACGAUCUGGCUUUAAUUGACUUUGCAGACCUCAAGGAUACACUUAGCCUAAUGAAGUAA